GUGCAAAUAUUUAUUUUUCGGAACCAAUCAAUGCAUCAAUUACUCACCGAAAGUAAACGAUUGUCGCUUGCCUGGAAUGUUCCUAUUCAAUAUCUUCCUUGUUUCGGAUACAACGCAAUAUUCAAUCUAAAUAUUCAGAAAAUAUGCGGUCCUCUUCUCGCAGGAGGAACUAUAACGUGCGUGCACACUCCCCUUAAUCGCGAUAACGAAUGAGUCAACAAGCCACAGAAGUUAGGGCGCUAUUACAUCAGGACUAAGACAUAUCAUUCCUUCAAGUUCCUGUGAAAUUCUCCUUGUUCCCAACGCGGAUUCCGAUUUGGUUAGACUUUUCACUUAGGUUCAAGGUUUUCCCUUCAGGUGAUCUGCGGAAAAGUGUGAAAUUUUUCUGAUCGGGAUGUCCUCAGCCAUGGAAAACCACUUAUUCAAUCUCAAGUUUGCCGCGAAGGAGCUACAACGGCAGUCCAAGAAAUCAGAGAAGGAAGAGAAGGCCGAAAAGCUGAAACUGAAGAAAGCUAUUGAGAAGAAUAACAUGGAUGUUGCCCGCAUCCAUGCCGAAAACGCAAUCAGACAGAAGAACCAGAGCCUGAACUAUCUUCGGAUGUCAGCACGAGUUGAUGCCGUUGCCUGUCGUGUUCAGUCUGCCUUGACCACUCAAAGGGUGACGAAGUCGAUGGCCGGUGUUGUCAAGGCUAUGGAUUCAGCAAUGAAAGCCAUGAAUUUGGAGAAGAUUUCCGGGUUGAUGGACAAGUUUGAAAAGGAAUUCGAAGAUUUGGACGUUCAGACCUCCUACAUGGACCAGGCGAUGUCACAAACCACUACGACCGCAGUUCCACAAAAUGACGUUGACACGUUGAUGCAACAAGCCGCUGAAGAGGCUGGUUUGGAGCUCACUAUGGGACUUCCCUCCGCCGGUUCUGUAGGAGUUUCCACCCAAGCAUCAGUCGAACAAGACGAACUGUCGCAACGUCUCGCGAAGCUGCGUGAAGUGUGAUCAUGUUGAAGACGUCGAUUCAAACUUACGCUGAAAGUCAUAACGAAGCAAAAUCGGUUUCGCUCCAUCCAUUACCAAAACCGUCACUUCCCUGAAUUGCAGAUGGUUUUUUUUUUUCAUGAUCACCGGCAUUUCAUUAUAAAGGACUGUUUGUAUCCGCUUGUCUAUCUCAAUUCAACGUUCAUAAUUGUGCAUAGAGAAAUGUAGGAUAGCGCCAAAUCAUUCGUACUGGUGAUGAAACGCACCGGUUCCAAUGCUGGGAAAGCUCAGAAAUGUCUUGUGCGAAAUACUUUAGUUGUCACGACGCACGGUCAUCAACCAUGUUCUUGCCUUGUAGGCUUAUUUGUUCUUCUUACCGCACGUUAUUGUGAUUGAACUCAUCUCGGAAAAGUGGAA